GGCGACAUUUGAUUUUAACUUCCCGUGAUGCCAUAUCAAAUAAUAAACAAUAACAAAAAAGGUUUUGAAGCUUAUAAUUCCGCAAUUUGAACGUGGUUUUGAGAAAAAAGUUUUAAACGAAGUUAUUUUAUUUUAAACAUCAGCAUUCUCACCUCUUUUCCACGAUCGUGGGUUAAACUUAAUAAGUCUCAUAGUGUACAAAAAAUAUUACUAAAAUGACGACUUGCUUGCUGAAAUUAUUCCGGUUGGAUUUGUGUCGGGUCGGCCAACUUGGUGUGACGAAAGCGUGCGGACUUAAAUACUUCCCCCCGCCGGUGAAUUACGACCAUGUGGAGUUUCCCGAGAGACCCAGGCUGAAGAUCGUGGAGAGGAUGCCGCAGUUCCCGAGCAACAUCCGGCCCCCAAAAAUGAUUAAGAAUUUGAAGUUCAUGCGGGGUCCUGAAACACUGCACAACACACUCCUCCACAAGCAGUACGGAAUCAUCGCAACGAGGGGCGGCAGGAUGCGGCACGGUCACUACGAGAUGGUGCGCCUGCUCAUUGGCCGCAGGAUGGACAUGAAGCGGAUGUUUGCCAUCUGGAGGAUAGACGCUCCGUGGCAGCCAGUCACGAAGAAGGGGCUCGGGCAGCGAAUGGGCGGUGGGAAAGGUGCAAUAGAUCACUACGUCACGCCGAUAAAGGCAGGGCGAGUCAUUAUAGAAGUGGGUGGAAAAUGUGAAUUCGAAGAGGUGAAGCCCAUGCUGGACCUGGUUGUGGGGCGGCUGCCGUUCCGAGCCGAGGCGGUGAGCCAUCAGAUACUGGAGGAGAAGGCGGAGGAGGAGGAACGCAUCGAGCGGGAGAACAUCAACCCCUACACCAUGAAGUACGUCAUCCAGAACAACAUGGGCGGGUGCCAGAACUGGAUCUCUCGCUACGACCGCUUGUGGUUCGGGAAGUACCGGUAGCCGGGCUGCAACCAUCUCUGUCCUCUUACGGUGUUUUUUUGUGCCAAGAACAGUAAUAUUAAAGUAAUCAAUACCGAAAAUCCUUAUUUGAAAACACUACAUUUUUUUUUUUUUUACCCAAAUAUUUUGUCAUUUAUUUUCGAUGCUGUCUAAUGGCCACUUACACAAACAACAGUCAUUCUAGGGGCUAUUUUGUGCCCUUGAGGGACUAGGAGCAAGGUAACAGCAUGACAAAAGUUUGUCACAAGUGACCUAUUAAAUUUAGAUGUUUUAAUUUCUGAUAUCUUUUGCCGAAAAAUCUCUUUGAAAAUAAGUUAAAUAAGUAAAAGUUUGUCACAAGUGACCUAUUAAAUUUGGAUGUUUUAAUUUCUGAUAUCUUUUGCCGAAAAAGCCCUGUGAAAAUAAUACAGUAGGUAGUUUUCUUAAGUGUUUUUCAAAGCAAGAACGACAGCACAGAAUGUUAAGUAGCAUUUGAACAGUGGCUUUCUAAAGAUGCUUAUUAAUGCCAUAGGCUCCUCAUGUAAAGAUUGUUUUUUUUUUUUUUUAAUACAGACAAUUGUGUACUCCAUUUGUUAGCAUGUUGAUACUUUUCAAAUAUGUUAAUUGUUACAAUAAAAAAUGUCCUCUAAA